AAAUGAACAAACCGAGAUGAAUCGAAGACGCGCUCGGUAAAAAUGUAUAUUCCAUAAAAUACGGGAUAAUAGCUAGUCUCAAUUGCGGAUCGGUGAAGAAGCGAGUCUUCCGCGUCGUUGUUCCGCCGGAACACUCACCAUUUUCUUAUUCGAAGCACGAGCACGUCGCUUCCAGAUGCAGAUCUAGCGAGUGCUACUUGAGACAGAAAGAGAGAGAGAGAAGGAGAGUGAGCGCAAGAGAAAAGAGCAGGCUUGGCGAUCUCGUUUAGCCUCAUUGCGGCACUCAGCUGUUUCGUGUCAGGUGACUUUGACGUUCUUAUCUGCUUCUAGAUUAAACGGGAAUCAUCCGUUACGCACAUAUAGGUGGCAUAUAUCGCGUAUAUAUAUACGCAUCACACGCUGGAUACACGCGCGGAAGAGAGAGACGCACCAAGGAAAGCCCACGAGUCCUCCCCCGACAGCCACACACCCUUCAAGAGAAUUACGCGCGCGAAACGGGCGCAUAAAUGCAUAUCUCUUGAUAAUCAAGACGCCAAAGAUGUCGAGCAGUGAAAUGGACUACUCGGAUUCAGACUGUGCUGAUCCAGGUUAUGAGGACUAUUACAAUGUUCAGCCAUGGGGCAGUGACGUGGAUAACGACGUGGAUCCUGAACAAAAUAGAAGAGACCCUGAAUAUGCGGUGUAUGACUGUCUGCGGGUCGAUGAAGUGGAACGGCUCUUGAACGAAAAUGUUGAGGUGUUAAGUACUAGCCUUCAUGUAACACCAUCCCUAGCCAAAGUGUUGUUACACGCGCACAAUUGGGCGUUACCAGAUAUUGUCACAAAGUACCGUACCAAUGCUUCCAGCUUAUUGAUUAGUUCAAAGAUUAAACCGUCGACUACGCCGGAACAAGUGCCAGUAUCGAAAUGUCAGAGGGGCGGUGUAUGCUCGGUUUGUGUUAUGAUCUUUCCUGCAGAUAGGUUUUCUACUCUUACUUGUGGACACUCAUUUUGCAAAGACUGCUGGUGUAUGCAUUUUGAAGUACAAAUAAUGCAAGGUAUAUCUACAGGCAUAAGUUGCAUGGCACAUGACUGUGACGUCUUAACUCCAGAGGACUUUGUCCUUUCCAUACUCACGAAGCCUAACAUGAGAGAGAGGUAUCAGCAGUUUGCGUUCUGUGAUUACGUCAAGUCUCACCCGCAACUUCGUUUCUGCCCUGGCCCGAAUUGCCAAAUAGUUUUGCGCUCGAAGGAACAACGAGCGAAGAGAGUCAUGUGUUCAUCGUGUAAAACUAUAUUCUGCUUCCGAUGUGGUAUGGAUUACCAUGCACCUACUGAUUGCGGUACAAUCAAAAAGUGGUUGACGAAAUGCGCGGAUGACUCUGAAACCGCUAAUUACAUUAGCGCCCAUACCAAAGAUUGUCCAAAAUGUCAUAUUUGCAUAGAAAAGAAUGGCGGUUGUAAUCAUAUGCAAUGUUACAAUUGCAAGCACGAUUUCUGUUGGAUGUGCCUUGGGGACUGGAAAACACACGGUAGUGAGUAUUACGAAUGUUCCCGAUAUAAGGAAAAUCCUAACAUUGCUCACGAAAGCGUUCAUGCGCAAGCGAGAGAAGCCCUUAAGAAGUAUCUUCAUUAUUACGAGAGAUGGGAAAACCAUAGUAAAUCGUUAAAAUUAGAAGAGCAAACGUUGGAAGGUAUCAAAAUGAGGAUCAAUAAAAAAGUAAUGAAUGCUAGUGGUACUUGGAUAGACUGGCAACACUUAUUUGAGGCUGCGUCACUUCUAGCACGUUGCCGUUACACUUUACAAUACACGUAUCCGUAUGCGUACUACAUGGAACCUGGACCUCGUAAAGAACUGUUCGAGUACCAGCAGGCUCAGUUAGAAGCGGAGAUCGAGAAUCUUUCGUGGAAGAUCGAGCGAGCGGAGACGACAGACCGAGGUGACCUGGAGAAUCAGAUGGACAUCGCCGAGAAGCGUCGCGUCACAUUGCUGAAGGAUUUCCUCGAAGUAUAAUUUUGAGGUUAAACUUCCAGAGUUACUCGACGAUAUUUCUUCUCAUUGUCACAAAAUAUGUAAAAUCUUACGCCUCUUUCUUUACAAGAAUGGAUUAAGAAUGGAUGUCCGAUGUGUUCCAGCGUAAUAAUUUUAAUGAUUAAUCGAAUUGAUUCUUCUUAUAUUCGAGAUAUUUGCUAAACGCAAGAAACUUCAUAGAAUGAGUUUGAAAUAAGAAAAAAGAAAAAUAUUAGAAUAUGGGAAAAAAUUGUUAUAUACGAUAUUAAUUAAUUUUUUUUUCGAUAUGAAAGAAUUAUUGCGAGAGCUAGAAUCCAGAUCGAAUCCAGAUUCGAAACGGGCCGGUCCUCUGGUCACAGAAAACUGCUAGAAUAUCGAUUGUAAAACGCUAGUUCGGGCAAACCGAAACGAAGCCUCGUGUAUAUUCGGCGUUUGUCUGCAGCUAUCAUUAUAUAUACACAAUGAGUGUACAGUUCACAGUGUACCGAAAAAAUUUAUAAAUGGAAAAGAUGACGACCAGUUUGCUUAUUCUGUAAUUUUUAACGAGCUGCUGGUCAGCAUAUGUGUCAGAACAUGCGAAAUCAUACAUUAUGUAUUUCUAGUUUAACGCACGCAUUACAAUUAUAACGUAAACGUUAGAAGAUUACAGGAUAGGCCCGCAGGACUCGAUCGCGUGAAGAUAGGAGUCCUAUUCUCGUCUAUAAUUUCGUCUGAGUAUUAUUGAUCGAGGGGACAAACAUAGCGAUGUCAUGUGUUCUGAAUUGUGGCUGCUGAGUAUAAAACCUGAGAGGAAAAGGAGAUAAUGUAUAUUGAAGUUUAAAUUUAUUUAAAUUCUCGGGAAUAUUACUCGGCACAGACGAGAUCCAGGUGACAAAAGUAUUAAUUGUAUCGACUGAUUUAAGCGAGAAUUCGACGGCAUUGAGCAUACGAUAUCUUGUUCUUUACUUUGAUUUUUCGAAGCGUUCUCAAAGAUGCGCCACGGCGGCGGCACGCUUCUUCUUUUUUUGAAUUUAUAUUUUGUUGAAAUACAAAAUUGGUGGGACUACAUUAAAAUAAUAGCAAAGAAAUAGAAAGAAGUUUCCUGUCUAUACAAUCACGUGUGACAACUCGACGAAUCGUUGCACGUGAUUGUAUAGACAGGAAAUUUUUUUCCAUUUCGUCUAUUUUUUGCAUAGUUCUAUCACAGAUGUUUUAUCGAUCUACCGACGCUGACCGCACAGUUCGAUAAAAGAUGCGACGAGAACGACGACGAUGAGGCACGAGAAGUGUGAUCCUCGUGUCCCACGCGCGAGAGCGUACCGACGAAUUGACUCGAUCAUAUUUUUCUUCACCGCUGUUCUUUUUUCCCGAAUCUUCUUCGAAGUAUUGUUUAUAUUUAAACACGUACACCACACACAUACACACACGCAGUGAUCAUCCGAAGAAGAAAGAAACGAUAGCCUAAUUAAGUACUCCGGUGCCAAGAGACGGUACCACCCCCGCCGUGUACAUACUAAAUGGAUUUAACGUUUUACUAAGGCAAAAAGAAGAGGAAAGAAACAAACAAGUGAACAGAAGAGAACGCGACCUUUUUCUAUAAAUUAGAUCUUAAGAGGUAUAUGCAACGAUCAAAGACAUCCGCGACACACCUAGCCAUAAUACCAACUUACAUUUUAUAAGCUAUCGCAGCAAAGAAAGAUGAAGAUGGAGAAGUGUGAGUCACGCGUUGUAAACCGGCGGGAGACUGCUUUUUUUUCUUCGCGACGCGAGAGAGGGUGAAGAAGUGUAUGGAUGUUCAUCGAAGGGUCCGAGGUAAAAUCGGUUCAGCAAAAUCGGUUGCAACAAAAUCGAUGUAAUGUCUAACGUGUUGACAAGGAACAAAAAAAAUAAACGCUCUUUACUACAAAACUGCGCGUGGAUAAUUAAAACGGUAACGACGACGAUUUUUAUCGAGUACGAAGCAAGCAAUCGAAAGCGGAGACUCCUCCGAUUAACUCUUUCCUGCCUGCCCCCGUGUACCUUCUCAAUGCACAAUGAGAAGCGAUCGCUACUGUAUGUAACGAAUAUCGAAGUAUUUGUAAAUUAAUACUAAUAAUAACGAGUAUACAAUUCA